AGUUUUACUAAUUACAAGCAAAAGAGAGAGAGAGAGCAAUCAUUGAUCAUUCUUGUUUGCAAAUUACUCUUAACAUUCAACAGAUUUCAGAAAUGGAGAUUGGGUUAGCAGUUGGUGGUGCAUUUCUCUCUUCAGCUUUGAAUGUUCUCUUUGAUAGGCUUGCUCCUCACGGUGAUCUGCUCAACAUGUUUCGGAAGCGUAAGGAUCAUGUUAAGCUCUUAAAGAAGCUGGAGGACAUUUUGCUUGGGCUUCAGAUUGUGCUAAGUGAUGCAGACAAUAAGCAAACAUCAAAUCGACAUGUGAGCCAAUGGCUUAAUAAGCUCCAGAGUGCUGUGGAUGGCGCUGAAAACUUGAUAGAAGAAGUCAAUUAUGAAGCUUUGAGGCUUAAGGUGGAAGGCCAGCAUCAAAAUCUAGCAGAAACAAGCAACAAACAAGUAAGUGACCUCAACCUGUGCUUGACUGAUGAUUUCUUUCGUAACAUAAAGGAUAAGUUGGAAGAAACCAUUGAAACAUUGGAGGUGUUGGAAAAGCAAAUUGGUCGCCUUGGCUUAAAGGAGCAUUUUGUUUCGACUAAACAAGAAACUAGAACACCUUCAACUUCUUUGGUUGAUGAUGCUGGUAUCUUUGGAAGGCAGAAUGAAAUAGAGUAUUUGAUUGGCCGUUUGUUGUCUAUGGAUACAAAGGGAAAAAAUCUGGCUGUAGUUCCUAUUGUUGGAAUGGGCGGCCUGGGUAAGACAACACUUGCUAAAGCGGUUUACAAUGAUGAGAGAGUGCAGAAACAUUUUGGUUUGAAAGCUUGGUUUUGUGUUUCUGAGGCAUAUGAUGCUUUCAGAAUAACAAAAGGUUUACUUCAAGAAAUUGGCUCAACUGACUUGAAGGUUGAUGACAAUCUUAAUCAGCUACAAGUCAAAUUGAAGGAAAAGCUGAAUGGAAAAAAGUUUCUUGUUGUCCUUGAUGACGUGUGGAAUGAUAACUAUCCUGAGUGGGAUGACUUGAGAAAUCUUUUUCUACAAGGAGAUAUAGGAAGUAAGAUCAUUGUGACGACACGUAAAGAGAGUGUUGCCUUAAUGAUGGGUAGUGGGGCAAUCUACAUGGGAAUUCUGUCUAGUGAAGACUCUUGGGCUCUAUUCAAACGACAUUCACUAGAAAACAGGGAUCCUGAGGAACAUCCAGAAUUUGAAGAGGUUGGAAAACAAAUUGCAGACAAGUGCAAAGGGUUGCCUUUAGCUCUAAAAGCACUUGCUGGUGUUUUACUCUGCAAAUCAGAGGUGGAUGAGUGGAGAGACAUUUUAAGAAGUGAAAUAUGGGAGCCGUCAAUUUGUUCGAAUGGUAUAUUACCAGCGCUGAUGUUGAGCUACAAUGAUCUUCCUGCACAUUUGAAGCAAUGUUUUGCUUAUUGUGCAGUAUAUCCCAAAGAUUAUCUAUUUUGCAAAGACCAAGUUAUUCACCUGUGGAUUGCUAAUGGUCUGGUACAGCAGUUUCAUUCAGGUAACCAAUACUUUCUCGAGUUGAGAUCAAGAUCGCUGUUCGAAAUGGUCUCGAAGUCUUCUGAACGAGACAUAGAGAAAUUCUUAAUGCAUGACCUUGUCAAUGAUUUGGCCCAAAUUGCAUCUUCAAAUCUUUGUAUAAGGUUGGAAGAGAACAAAGGAUCGCAUAUGUUGGAACAAUGUCGGCACAUGUCCUAUUAUAUAGGAAAAGAAGGUGGCUUUCAGAAAUUGAAAUCACUCUUUAAAUCAGAGCACCUGAGGACAUUACUUCCAAUCAAUAUCCAUCUCCAUUACCCAUUUAAACUAAGCAAGAGGGUGCUGCAUAACAUAUUGCCAAGACUAACAUCCUUAAGGGCAUUAUCGUUAUCAUGCUAUGAGAUUGUUGAGUUGCCAAAUGACUUGUUUAUCAAAUUAAAGCUCCUCAGAUUUUUGGACCUUUCUUGUACAAAGAUUAAAAAGUUGCCAGAUUCCAUAUGUGCAUUGUAUAACUUGGAAACACUUCUCCUGUCAUCUUGUGCUGAUCUUGAGGAGCUACCGCUGCAGAUGGAGAAGUUGAUUAACUUGCGUCAUCUUGACAUAAGCAACACUUGGUGCUUGAAGAUGCCACUACAUCUGAGCAAGUUGAAAAGCCUCCAAGUGCUAGUGGGAGCAAAGUUUCUUCUAGGUGGUUGGGGGAUGGAAGAUUUGGGUGAAGCACAGAACUUGUAUGGAUCUCUAUCAGUUGUAGAGUUGCAAAAUGUGGUUGAUAGAAGGGAAGCUGUGAAGGCAAAGAUGAAGGAGAAGAAUCAUGUUGAGCAGUUAUCUUUGGAGUGGAGUGAAAGUAGUAGUGCCGACAAUUCACAAACAGAAAGAGACAUACUUGAUGAGCUACGCCCACAUAAAAACAUAAAAGAAGUCAAAAUCACUGGAUAUAGAGGGACAACAUUUCCAAAUUGGCUAGCUGAUCCUUUGUUUCUUAAGCUAGUGAAAUUGUCUCUUAGCUACUGCAAGGACUGUUAUUCCUUGCCAGCACUAGGACAACUCCCUUGUUUGAAAAUCCUUUACAUUAAAGGGAUGCAUGGAAUAACAGAGGUGACGGAAGAAUUCUAUGGCAGUUUGUCCUCUAAAAAGCCUUUUAACUGUCUUGAGAAGCUUGAAUUUGAAGAUAUGUCGGAGUGGAAGCAAUGGCACGUACUAGGAAGUGGAGAGUUCCCUACACUUGAGAAGCUUAAAAUUAAAAAUUGUCCUGAACUCAGUUUGGAGACACCCAUCCAACUUUCAAGUUUAAAAAGGCUUAAAGUUAGUGGUUGUCCUAAGGUUGGAGUUGUUUUUGAUGAGGGCAUGACGCAGAUUGAAGAAUUAGAUAUUACGGAUUGUAACUCUGUUACCUCCUUUCCUUUUAGCAUACUUCCCACUACCUUGAAAAAAAUAUGGAUAUCUGAUUGCGAGAAAUUGAAAUUGGAGGUGCCAGUUGGUGAGAUGUUUCUGGAGGAUUUGACACUGCAUAAAUGUGAUUGUAUAGAUGUUAUAUCACCUGAGUUACUCCCAAAAGCACGCAGAUUGGUUGUAAUUAAUUGCCACAACCUUACUAGAUUUUUUAUUCCUACUGCCACUGAAACUCUCUAUAUUUGGAAUGGUGCGAAUGUUGAAAAACUAUCGGUGGCAUGUGGGGGGACCCAUAUGACGUCACUGGCUAUUGAGGACUGUUCGAUGCUGAAGUGGCUGCCAGAACGUAUGCAGGAACUCCUUCCAUCUCUUAAGAAACUGUUUCUGAUUAAUUGUCCAGAAAUAGAGUCCUUUCCUGAAGGAGGAUUGCCCUUCAAUUUACAACUCCUUGAUAUAAAAAAUUGCAAGAAACUGGUGAAUGGCCAAAAGGAGUGGCAUUUACAGAGACUCCCCUGUCUUAGAGAGUUAGGGAUCGAACAUGAUGGGAGUGACGAAGAGAUUGUUGGUGGUGAGAAUUGGGAGUUCCCUUCCUCUAUUCAAAGACUUGAGGUAUCCAAUCUGAAAACAUUAAGCAGCCAAGUUCUCAAAAGCCUCACCUCUCUUCAAUAUCUAGGAAUUGAGGGUAAUUUACCUCAAAUUCAGUCAAUGGUGGAAGAAGGGCAGCUUCCCUCUUCUCUUUCUGAGCUACAUUUAGAUGGCCAUCAUGAUCUCCAUUCACUAGGUCUUUGGCACCUCAAUUUGCUUCGACUUCUACAUAUUGAGGAUAUCCCUAAUCUCCAAUCACUUUCCGAAUCAUCACUGCCCUCCUCCCUCUCUGAGCUCACCAUCUUCAAUUGCCCUAAGCUCCAACCCCUUCCAUUAAAAGAGAUGCCCUCUUCCCUCUCUAAACUAUCUAUUUCAGAAUGUCCAUUGCUCACACCACUACUAGAAUUUAACAAGGGGAUAUACUGGCCAAAUAUUGCUCAAAUUCCCAUCAUAUUUAUCAAUGGGAAAUACAUAGAUGAAGUCUCUAUGAGAGUGCCAAAUAGAUUUCCUUCAUUGGAACCCUCAGCAGUCAUCAAUCAGCGAAACAGUGAAAUCGACAGUUUCAAAACUCUGUAUCUAACAGGUACCCUGGGGUAUGCAAUGAGUGAGGUUGAGGAUGGAAAGCCAUUCAGCCAAGUCGUUAAUGCUGCUAAAAGCCUUGGCUACACUGAACCAGAAGUAGAAUGUAUAUACAGAAGGUAUCACACUAUCACUGUCCAUUUUGCAGCGAAAUUGUAUUUGAUUUUCGUUGAUAAUCCUUUCCAAGAGAAAGCUCCUUCGCCAAAAGAUGCAAAUCAUUGCAUCCUAGUCAAUAUGGCAUGGCGAAUACUGAAAUUGAUUCACAAUAGCAGUUGGAAAGGCAACAUCAGAUAUGAAGUUGGCAUCCAAGAAGUUCCAAAAGAUUCUGCAUUGGGAAGAUUAAGAGGAAGUGAUGAUGUGGUGGAGAUAUACAGCCGUUGUUACAAGAAACAACCUUUGGUUAUCCAAGGUGCUGGAGCAGGAAAUGAUACCACAGCAGCUGGUGUCCUAGCUGAUAUCCUUGACAUUCAAGAUUUAUUCCCUUAACUGAGUAUUUAUUAUACACUGAGAUACAAACAUUCGAUCCUCAAAGGACGAAAAAUCGACUCUUCUUGUCCCUCUGUUUCCAGAUUGGAGAUUGAAAUCAGGCUAAGGAAGCUCACACAUUUUUUGAAAAAUUUCUCGAUAUACGAGAGUGCCUCGUCAGUUUACAGUAGAUUAUUACGCAAUUUCUCUUGUGCAUAACGUCUCAAAUGGAACAGUUCAAAUUGAGUCAUUUGCCUCAGUGCUGGACUAGUUUUUAGGAUUUCACUUCAGCUUAUAAUCUGUUUCGUUGUAAUGACCAUUUUCUUUAUAAUCUGAAAAACAGCUGAUAUUUCU